CCCCCCGGCGCGCUCCUGACCGCCCGUCACCAUGCGAGCCCAAAUCGAAGUGAUCCCGUGCAAGAUCUGUGGAGACAAGUCCUCAGGGAUCCACUACGGCGUUAUCACCUGCGAGGGCUGCAAGGGUUUUUUUCGGAGGAGCCAGCAGAACAACGCCAGCUACUCCUGCUCCAGGCAGAGGAACUGCCUGAUCGACCGCACCAACCGCAACCGCUGCCAGCACUGCCGCCUGCAGAAAUGCCUGGCGCUGGGAAUGUCCCGGGAUGCUGUGAAGUUUGGCCGCAUGUCGAAGAAGCAGCGGGACAGUCUCUAUGCCGAGGUGCAGAAGCACCAGCAGAGCCAGGAGCAGAGUGGGGGCACCAAGGAUGAGCCUGAGCCCUUGAGCCGUGUCUACACCACCAGUGUCAGCAGUGGGCUCUCAGACCUGGAUGACAUCUCCACGCUGUCUGACGGGCUCCUCUUCGACUUCCCUCUCACCCCCGAUGGCAGCAGCACCUACUACAACCUCGACCUGCUCACCUCAGCUCAGCCCUCACCCGACCAGUCCAGCCUGGACGUGGCUGAGGCCACGCUCAUCAAGCAGGAGUCCCUCUACGAGCUGAUGCUGGAGCCAGCCCUGUUCGCUCACGGCGCGCUGGAGGGGGGGCAGCUGCCUGGGGACAUCUCUGUCCUCGAGAUCGACCGGGUGGCCCAGAACGUGGUGAAGUCCCACCUGGAGACGUGCCAGUACACGACAGAGGAGCUCAAGCGCUUGGCCUGGAGCCUCUACACCCCUGAAGAGGUCCGGGCCUUUCAGAGCAAGAGCUGUGAGGCCAUGUGGCAGCAGUGCUCGCUGCAGAUCUCCAACGCCAUCCAGUACGUGGUGGAGUUCGCCAAGCGCAUCGACGGCUUCAUGGAGCUCUGCCAGAACGACCAGAUCAUCCUCCUGAAAGCCGGUUGCCUCGAGGUGCUCCUGAUCCGCAUGAUCCGGGCCUUCAACCCCCUGAACAACACUGUCCUCUUCGAGGGGAAGUUUGGUGGUGUGCAGAUGUUCAAGUCGCUGGGUUGUGACGACCUCAUCGGCGCCGUCUUCGAGCUGGGGAGGACCCUGUGCCGCCUGCAGCUCUCGGACGAGGAGCUCGCCCUCUUCACUGCUGCUGUCCUGCUCUCCCCAGAUCGCCCCUGGCUGACGGAGUCCAAGAAGGUGCAGAAGCUCCAGGACAAGAUCUAUGUGGCCCUGCAGCACGAGAUCCAGAAGAAACACUCCGGCGAGGACAAGCUCUCGAAGAUGGUUUCCAAGCUGCCCUUGAUGAAGACCAUUUGCAACCUCCACUUGGACAAGCUGGAAUUUUUCCGUCUCCUGCACCCAGAGACCGCCAUGAACUUCCCACCCCUCUAUAAGGAGGUUUUCAACUCAGAGCUUCAGUACAGUGACCCCCGGGAGAGCUAAGGUUGGGAAACCACCACCUCCCUCCGAGUUCCCCCCCCCCCCAAAAAAAAAAUGUGGAGACGAACUAAACUUCCAAGCUUUGGGGCAAUUUAUUUAAAUCCAAGAGUCAAACCCAAGAGAACCUGAGGGGUGGGGAGGGCUUGGGGGGUCACCUCCCCGGCCCCGUCUCCUCGCUCUAGGAUUGCAAGAGCUCUUUGAAUGUAAAGCACCUUGAAGGAAAACAAAACAAAAAGCAAAAGGACUUUGCCACGACCCGUGAAAUGAAUGUGAAAUCUCCGCCGGGAAGAGGAAACGUUCCCGGUGGUGGGAAAAGGGACGGGGAGGAGCCACCACGCACACGCUGCCCAGGGAGCUUGCCCACCAGCCUGGCUGCCCUCUCCAGCUCGGGGUUUUCCUUGGGAUCCUUCUUUUUGUUUUUUUUUUUCCCCCACUUUAUUUCAAUCUUCUUAUUUUUUUCCCCCACCCAAACGCAAGGGGGAGAGGAAGGGGCGACGCAGGCUCGGGGGGAGCCCGGGGCAGCUGCAGCCAAGGAGAGGGGGAAGGCAGAGGGUUUGUUUUGUUCCUAGAGUCAUCGAGUCACAGGGGUUGGAAGGGACCUCCAAAGAUCAUCCAGGCCAACCCCCCUGCCAGAGCAGGACCAAAACCAGGGCAGGUCACUCAGAAAGGCAUCCAGACAGGUCUGGAAAGUCUCCAGAGAAGGAGACUCCACAGCCUCUCUGGGCAGCCUGUCCCAGGGCUCUGUCACCCUCACAGCAAAGAAGUUCUUCCUCAUCUUGAGCUGGAACUUCCUGUGUUGUCACUUGGUGCCGUUUCCCCUCGUCCUGUCCCAGGCACCACUGAACAGAGACUGACCCAUUCCUGACACCCACCCUGCAGAGAUUUACAGACAUUAACCAGGUCCCCUCUUAGGCUUCUCAAGACUAAAACAGCCCCAGGUCUCUCAGCCUUUCCUCGUUCCUUCUCUCCCUGGGGCAUGGGGUGACCUGAGGAGCUUGGCCAAGACCCAGCUGUGGCUGGGGUUGGGAUUCAGCACAGGAUGUCCCCAUGGAGGAGGCUGGCUUGAGGGAAAGGAUGCCCAGCAUGCAUGGGAGAAGCUUUGCAGGGUCUCCAUGCCCUCCAUCAGGGCAUCUUCUUAACUGCCCAGACAAGUCCCCACCCAGCUGGCCAACCUUUCUAGAGCCCAUUGGGCAGGUCCACCCUCCUCGUGUCACCUCCCCACAUUCCAGGCACAUCUUGAAGAGGGACUUCAUCCCUGUAGCUGUGGCCAAAUCCCAGCUCCUGGCUGCUCCAUGAUGGAUGUAGAUACCAGACCUGGGUUCCUGUCCCCACACCCUGGCAGGCUGUGGCUCUCUGGGUGCUGUCACGUGUAUUUUCUUAUCACGCUGGUUAAAACAACCCCGUGGCUCAGCACCCAGAGGAGGUUCUGUGGCCUUUCCUCCACCCAGCCCAUCCUGAUGCCUGGUCCCCUCUUCCCACCCCAGGACUUCCUGGAGCAGGUUGAGUUGGACCCAGGUUUCCCCCCCAAGGCAAGGAGCUCUUUAGAGUUGUUGUUUCGGGGUUUGUUCUCUAUUUAGCAGGGCCUGGGAGCUUUUUAGGGGGAGAAACUGCUCGUUGGGGUCAAGGGAAAGUUAAAGGUCCUUAUUCCUUCCCUGGGAAGUCGUGGGGGGGGGGGUCAGGAGCUGCUGCUCUGAGCUCAGGAGGCUCCAAAGGUGAAGAAGGGAUGGAUUUGUGGGGUGAUGCUGUGAUGGCCCAGCCAGCAGGGCUGCUGGAGGGACUCUGUGGCCAGGUUCUGCAGAUGGUUUUUCCCUUCCCUAUUCCUGCUCCUCCUGCAGCAAAUGCCAAAAUCUACACGGGAAAAACCUCCCCCCUGAGGCAGCCCCAGUUUCUGCUGACAAAGGGCUAAAAUCCCCAGCCCAUUCCCUCCUCGUGCUGGUUUCUUGGGUGUCCAACCCCAUCUUCUGGCAGCUCAGACCAUCCCUGAGCAUGAGCCAAAGACCUUCAGUUCCAUAAUUGCCCCCUCUUAAGCUAAAGAAGAAGCUUUCUUCACGAUGGUAGGGGAUAUUCAUGCUUUCGAUUAAAAGACCUCCUCGGGCAGACCAUGGACCACCCGUGAGCAGGGAAGACUCACCAGGAAGCCAAUGGGAUUUCUACUUCAGCAUCAGGCAGAGAAAAACUUGAAUCCUAGAACCAUCAAGGUUGGAAAAGACCUCCAAGCCCGCCAAGCCCCGUGCCGUUCCCCGCGCGGGCCGGGUGCUCUCUGCUUUUGCUGGCCACCACCUGAAUGGCCCCUGGGAGCCCACUGGAGGUCUUCAAGCCUUCUUCCUGUCCCAGCUGGUGGCAGAGCCCAGGUGUCCAGUGAAGGCUGCUGAACCCUCCCCACGUCACGUUGAGUGCCAAGGUGUCGUGCUCCGGCGCGGCGUUCGCCGGGGCCGGGACGCGCCGUGCUCGUUUCCUUCCCUCUCAGAUCCUAAAGCUUUGAGAGAAGCAAGAAGUCAGGACCUGCCUUUUUGUUUUGGUUUGUUUGGUUUUGGUCUAGAGGGUUGUGCCUUUUUUUUUUUUCCCCCUCUUUUUUUUUUUUUUCCUUUUGGUUUUUUUUUUGGAAGAAUCAUUCCCAACCGGCACCGUUCGCUUCCCGGCCCCUCGCGUCGGGGAAGAAGCUCUUGUGCUUUGCAGAUGGAAAGGAAGGUCCUGCCUUCCCCUCCUGCAGGACUCAGAGGAAACAGCCACGGGGGUGGGAGGUUGAAGUGGGUUUUUUUUUUUUUUUUGGGAAAAAAAAAAGCACACACCCUUCUUUACAUCCUUGGUGUUCACCAGCCAACGGGCACCAACGGGCGACGGCACCGUUUCCAUUUCAUCUGGCCAAGAACCCAAGAAAGCACCUUAAACCAGGACCAGCCUCAGCCCUCCCGCUGAGUUUUUCCAGCUUCUGACACCCUGUCCAUCUCUGGGGGGAGAGAUGGUGGGUUUGGAGCAAUCCAAGGAAACCCAAGGAAGCCUGGAAGCGUCCAACACCCGCCACUCAACCUGCCCGGCCGCGGGAACCUGCACUUCUCAGUUCUCUUUGCAAAGGAACCGACUCAAUGAUUUCUUGGGAGAGAAACCCAGUGAUUAAAUGUUGAUUUGAUGAUUUCUCACCCAGGAGGGGUGGCCCGUGUCCCGGGGAUGGCAGGGGCAUGGUGACCCCUGCUGCCUGCAGCCUCUGCCUUGGGGACGUGGUGGCAGUGCCAAGGUCCCUCGGGAUCACAGAAUCGUGGGAUGGUUUGGGUUGGAAGGGAACUUCAAGAUCAUCUAGAUCCAACCCCCCCUGCAGGGACACCUCCCACCAGCCCAUGGUUGCUCCAAGCCCCAUCCAACCUGACCUGGAACACUUUGUCCCUCUGUGCCACCAAGAGGUGGCAGCUGAGCAGAGCCAGGCAGCUGAGGGAGAAAGGGGAAGGAAAAAAGCCUGGGUAGAAAUACCUGAAAAAGGGAGAUUUGGGCUCCCCCCUGCACUGCAACCACGUGUGGCCACUGGAGAAGACCCACGGGAGCCCUGAGAGCCCCGACUCUCUUCGGUGCUGGGUCCUCAGUGUCUUGGGGACAGCUCUGUCCCACUGGCCACCACGGGGUGUUUUACCACCUGGGGGUUUCCAGCAGCCCUGGGCAGCAGUUCCCUGGAGCAGGGCGAGCUCAACCACGAUUCCUCUUUUCCAGAUGAAGAUUCACUUUGUGUUUGUUUGUUUGUUUGUUUGUUUGCUCGGGCAGUUUAGCUGAGUGUGCAUUUCCACCUCCAGAACCCUGACACUGUGUAUAAAAAAAACGGAUAAAAUAUAUAUAUAUAUAUAUAUAUAAUAUAUUCUUGUGAAUGUUGGUGCAAAACAGAGAAAAAUAUAUAAAGUUCCAGUCGGUUUUAUGUUAUUUUUUAUCUCUAUGAAUGAAAGGAAGAAAUGGGAAACAUGGGGUGGUUUUUUUUUUCCCAUUUACCACCCUCCACACACCCCUACCUGUAGAUACCAACAGGUUUCCUGCAGAUGGUUUUUUUUUGUUUGUUUCCUUUUUAGAUUUAGGGAGAUGCUUCUGUUCUCAUGGAAUGUCCUGUCUUGUAAGAUUGUAAUUUCUAUUUUUUUAAAAAGCAAAGAAAAUGACUAAAUAAAAUUUCCUCUUUCGGACCAGUCAG